CGUCCGCAAUGAAAUGCAUAUUGCUAACCUGUUGCUUUGUUUCAUCACAUCACAGUUGCAACGUUACCGCCACCUCCACGGAAACGGGGCCGCCCUAAGACGAAGUUGCCUGAAAAUGCCGCAGCACCUAAGCCGAAGCUUAUUGAUAAGCUGCGAGCAGCUACUCUAAAUAAGGCAGCCAGUGAGCCAGCUGUAUAUGCAUCCACUACCAAGGGUGGCGUGAAACUGUACUUCGAUGGACAUCUAUUUAGAUUCUCGUUCCGCAAGGCCGAUUUUUCUGUUUUCCAAUGCUGUUACCGGGAGCACGGCGAAGAGUGCAAAGUGCGUGUAGUAUGCGACCAGAAACGCGUCUUUCCGUAUGAUGGAGAGCAUGCCCAUUUUAUGCAGGCCAGCGACAAGAGCUGUCUACCCUCCCAAUUUAUGCCCGGCGAAAGCGGUGCUAUUGCGGCCAUGGAAAAGAAUAAGGGCCAAAAGGUUGAGUUCGUUGCCCAUCAGGAUACCAAGGCCAAGGAGGAACCAAAUAAUGACAGCAAUGAUGACGCAGAAGAUGGUGAAGAGACCGAAUUUGAACUACAUGAAAUCGAAGAUGUUGAUGUUGAUGUGGAGCAGACAUCAGAGAAAUCAUUUCUUCAGGAUAUAGGAAAAACCACACCAGAAGAGGAUAACAACACGACAAGCUUAACAGCCGAUGCUCCGGUUGUCGAUGAAGUGAAUCCAAAUGAUUUUCGUGAGAAAAUUAAGCGUCGUCUUCAACGGGCGUUGCAAAACAAAAAGAAGUAACAUCUACGGAAAUUAGAGCCCUCUUCUGCGACCAUUUAAUUUGAUUUCAAUCCUUUAUAUAUUUUUUGCUAUUACUUUAUACUACCUUAUAAUCAAAAUAGUGUUUCCACGAUUAGAAACCUGUCAACGAAAUAAGUUUUUCGUAAAUAAAAUUGACAAUAAUAAAGUCGCGAA